AUGUUCAAAGGUGCUACUAAAAGAGUCGCCUCGUUUAUUGAGAGACAGCCGGUCAAGAAUUUCAAAAGAUUCAAUUCCUCAGGAGCCAAUCGGGGGUCAUCGAACGUUGGGUUGAUUGCUGGAGGUUCCCUCUUGGUGGGUGCCGGGGCUGCUUACUACUUAACUUCGCGCGACCACCCUUCUGGCAAGAAGCUUGCCUCUGCCGUCACCGCAGGAAGCAUAGUAACCUCUGAUAACCAGGCCUAUGCGUCUCAGGUUGGAGAUGGUGCUUCGAAAUUGUACCAAGCGGUUGCCACCACCAAACCAAAAGAAGCGUACCAAGAAGUUUACAACGCUGUUGCCCACAAGAUUCAAGAUGAAGAUGAAUACGACGGAGGUAUUGGCUAUGGUCCAAUCCUUGUGAGACUUGCUUGGCACUUGUCAGGGUCUUACUCCCAUUCUGACCAUGGUGAAACCAAGGGAGGGUCAUAUGGUGGGACAAUGGUUCAUAAAUUCGAAGCCAGUGAUCCUGGUAAUGCCGGUCUUGAAAAAGCCCGUAAAUUCCUUGAGCUGGUGCAGAAACAAUACGGCUGGAUCAGCAUCGGUGAUUUGUACACUCUCGCUGGGGUGUGUGCCAUCCAAGAAAUGGCUGGCCCAAAGAUCAACUGGAGACCAGGUAGAAAGAAUUUACCAGAGAAGAACCAACCUCCACAUGGCAGACUCCCUGAUGCUUCCCAAGGGGCCACACAUAUCAGAGCGGUGUUCAGCCGCUUGUCGGAGUCUUUUACUGAUGAGCAAAUUGCCGCUCUUAUCGGGGUUGGCCAUGCCAUCGGUAAAUGUCAUAAGGAAAGCAGUGGGUACGAAGGUCCAUGGACCUUCUCUCCUAACAUGGUCACCAACCAAUUCUUUGAUUUAUUGUUGAAUGAAGACUGGCAAAUUAAAAAGUGGAGUGGCCCUACCCAAUUUGAAGAUAAGAAGACCCAAUCCUUGAUGAUGUUGCCUGCCGAUUUCGCCUUGAGUUUUGACCCAGGGUUCAAGAAGAUUUCUAAAAAAUUUGCCGAAGAUCAAGACACAUUGUUUACAGUUUUUGCUGGUGCAUUUGCUAAGUUGCUAGAAUUAGGUACGGAAUUCCCUAAAGAUCAGAAGCCUUGGCAAUUCAAGACCCUUGACGAGCAAGAAGAAGAUUAA